CACCGUUACUUAAACCAUUUACCUUCGCAGCUAAAGUUUAAUAUUAGGUUCUUGAUUUAUUUAAACAGUGCACAAACCAUCCUGCCAGUGUAUUUCCGUAACUUCUGAAGGAGGAAACGACGAUGGCGCCUUCAGUUCUGCAGAACGGUGGAUUCAUUUUGGGUUUGCUCGGGGCAACAGCCCUCAUCGCAGCUACUGCCAUGAACAAUUGGAGUGUGAAGGACAGGCAGGGGGAAGUGGUGACGUCUGUUUACACCUACAAGGGUCUGUGGCAGGACUGUGAGACGGCUUCCUCAGGAUUGACAGAGUGUCGCCCGCUCUAUGGCCUCCUGGGCUUCUCAGGUACUUUCCAGGCUGUGCGAGCCCUGAUGAUAGUGGGCGUGGUGCUGGGGGUCCUCGGGGCGGUGAUAUCCGUUUUCUCCCUGACCUGCCUCACAAUGAACAGCAUGGCAGAAACCACCAAGGCCAAGAUGAGCCUCGCCGCUGGCAUCAUGUUCAUCAUCGGCGGUGUGUGUGGCAUCGCUGGAGCUUCUAUCUACGCCAAUCAGAUUGUGGCCAGUUUCAGGGUGUCCACCUACCCCAACUAUGGAGGCAACAUGCAGGGAGGGAUGGGGGGAGGGAUGGGAGGAGGGAUGGGAGGAGGGAUGGGAGGGAUACCCAGAUACACAUUUGGCCCUGCACUGUUUGUAGGUUGGAUAGGAGGGGGGGUCCUGGUUAUUGGUGGCAUCCUGAAGUCACUGGCUUUCAAGGGAAUGGUGAAAGAUGAAAAACCACAUUACCCGGGGGUGGCUUACAAACCUCAGCCCCGCAACAAGAGUGACCUGAGUGAUCACCAUUCAGAGGGCGACAAGAAAGUGCAGAAUUAUGUGUAACUUCUACCAUUCCAGCACCAACAAUAUAUGUUUGCUAAGGCGUGUGGUUCGAGCUGUUCCCGUGCAGCAUGCUGUGUGGGAUAUUUCUUUUUCACUUGCCUCAUAUACACAUUAAGUACAUCUUAACUUUAAAUAAUGUCUCACAUUGUAACAGCAGUAAAACAGGUUUAAUACAUUUUCUUGAUGCGAAAUAUGCAGUUUUUAACAGGUUGUAGUAUAUAUACAAAACAAAUAUAAGUGAUGGAACAAAAAGUUUAAAAGGCAAGGAUCCGACUAAAGAAUCUGCAGAGCGUUAAAAAGAUCACAGCUGUUUGAAUUGUGCGGAUCUUUUGUCUGAUUCUUGCCAAAAUAUGUGGUUUUCACAUGCAUGCAUCACCGUGGUUACUAGAUAUUUGUAAAUGCUUUAUGUCAUUUUUUACUUGAGUUUUGUUAAAUCAUUUCAUUUUUAUGUUAAUAAAACACU